GGGAGCUGGGGGAAGCGGAGGCGGCCGGCACAGUGGCCGCGAGAGGCACCGCCGCUGCCGUAGCUCCCGGGGCGCCCAGGGGAGCGCGCGCCGGCCCUCCAGCAAGCUCAAGUCCCGGCAGCCCUUGUUUCUGCACCUCCCAGGCCAGGGUCUGGAUGGGGAUGACGGCCGUACGAAAUCACACUGACCAACUGACCCGGGACAGGCCGCACGGAGGGGCUCAGACGGAGCAGUGUCGUCCGUCGAUGGCUCCGGGGACUCAGAGUGGCGGUGGGAGGCAGCGCGACUGGGCCUCGGCCCCGGGCAGGCGCUUCCAAGUCGGCAACGGCUACUGAGCGCCCGGACUUUUUAUGCGCUUCUGGCCAGCCUCCUAGCCUUCCUGACUGGGGUCCAGGGAGUCAAACACCACCCACGAAGCUAACAACCCCACCCACUCACACUACAUCUGGGCGAGCUGUGGGCCGGAACCCGGGAGGAAAGCAGUGACGUCCCUCCGCCAGCCACGGUAGGACCGCAGCAAGGAGGAAAGGAGGAAAAGAGCCAACCGGACCCUCCGCAUUGGAACCAGCCUACCUCACCCAGCGCCGGAGGCUGCGGGUGUCCUGAAGACCGUGCGCAGCGACGGCCGCCGGCGUGACCCGAAGGCCCGUGCCCCACACAGGCGCCCAGGCACUACCCCGCCUCUUCUGCUACUCGUGGGUGCUCAGGACCUCUAGGCCUGGGGGUAGACUCAGCCCCUCCUCCAGCACCUCCAGGAAGAACCAAAAAUUCAAUUUGGGAUUUUCCUAUAAACAGGAGCCUAGAGUCUUUUUUGCUCGAUGCUGGAUUUAAUACGUAUAUAUUUUUGAGAGAUUUUUUUUUUUUACUUUUGAUUUUUGAUCUUCAUUUACGUGACAGGCUCUCACCUGUACAUUAUUAUUAUUUUUUCUACUAUUAUUUUCUGUCCCUGCAUUGCGCCUUGACUCGCACGUGGGAGAGAGGACUCAGAAGCUGAGAGCUCGCGGGGGCGAUGUACCAGAGCCUGGCCAUGGCGGCCAACCACGGCCCCCCUCCCGGGGCCUACGAGGCGGGCGGCCCUGGCGCCUUCAUGCACAGCGCGGGCGCUGCGUCCUCGCCAGUCUACGUGCCCACGCCGCGGGUGCCCUCCUCUGUGCUGGGCCUGUCUUAUCUCCAGGGCGGAGGCGGGGGCGCUGCGUCCGGAGCCACCUCUGGCGGCAGCUCCGGUGGGGCCCCGUCGGGUGCCGGGCCCGGAACCCAGCAGGGCAGCCCGGGCUGGAGCCAGGCGGGAGCCGAGGGAGCCGCCUACACCCCCCCGCCUGUGUCGCCGCGCUUCUCCUUCCCGGGAACCACUGGGUCCCUGGCAGCCGCCGCCGCCGCCGCCGCGGCCCGGGAAGCCGCGGCCUACAGCAGUAGUGGCGCAGCGGCGGGUGCGGGCCUGACGGGCCGCGAGCAGUACGGGCGUGCGGGCUUCGCAGGCUCCUACUCCAGCCCCUACCCCGCCUACAUGGCCGACGUGGGCGCGUCCUGGGCCGCGGCCGCCGCGGCCUCCGCCGGUCCCUUCGACAGCCCGGUCCUGCACAGCCUGCCCGGCAGGGCCAACCCCGCUGCCCGACACCCCAAUCUCGUAGAUAUGUUUGAUGACUUCUCGGAAGGCAGAGAGUGCGUCAACUGUGGGGCCAUGUCCACCCCGCUCUGGAGGCGCGACGGGACGGGGCAUUACCUUUGCAAUGCCUGUGGCCUCUACCACAAGAUGAACGGCAUCAACCGGCCCCUCAUCAAGCCUCAGCGCCGGCUGUCCGCCUCCCGCCGAGUGGGCCUGUCCUGUGCCAACUGCCAGACCACCACGACUACGCUGUGGCGCCGCAACGCCGAGGGUGAGCCGGUGUGCAAUGCCUGCGGCCUCUACAUGAAGCUCCACGGCGUCCCAAGGCCUCUUGCAAUGCGGAAAGAGGGGAUUCAAACCAGAAAACGGAAGCCCAAGAACCUUAAUAAAUCUAAGACACCGGCAGGUCCCUCGGGCAGUGAGAGCCUGCCUCCCACCAGCAGUGCUUCCAGCAACUCCAGCAACGCCGCCACCAGCAGCAGCGAAGAGAUGCGCCCCAUCAAGACAGAGCCCGGGCUGUCGUCCCACUACGGGCACAGCAGCUCCAUGUCCCAGACGUUCUCAGUUAGUGCGAUGUCUGGCCACGGGCCCUCCAUCCACCCAGUCCUCUCGGCCCUGAAGCUCUCCCCGCAAGGCUACGCAUCUUCCGUCAGCCAGUCACCGCAGGCCAGCUCCAAGCAGGACCCUUGGAAUAGCCUGGCCUUGGCUGACAGUCAUGGGGACAUAAUCACUGCAUAAUGUCACCUCCUUCCCUCCUCAGAUUCCUGCACGGACUUGGGACUUGGAGGACAGCAGAGAUGAGGCUCUGGGCUCCUGGGAGCCAAGCCGCUCUGUUGGGGAAUGACUCCAGAAGAACAACUGGGAAGAAACUUGAAAUUGACAAUUUGGUUAGGGGAAGUGGGUGUUGGAUUUUAUCGGAUGCCUUUUCAAGGGUGGGCUACUGGAAAGAGCCCAGACUCUGAUCUGGAAGAACCCACCCUUCACUAUGAGCACAUUUAAGUCCCUUCUGUGGAGUAAGAGACUUGUUUCUUGUUUUCCACCCCACCCCUCCCGCACAAGAGACGAGAUGUCCUUCUGCCCUACCCUUCCACCACCUUGGCCUAAGAUGGUGGUUUUUCCAUGGUGUUCCCAGCACUGGGGAUCUGAGGGUGGGUGGAGGGGUCAAGGCCCUGGGAUCUCUGGUCCAGCCUGAACCAGGGCACCUGUGACUCGCAUGUGGAUGUGACAAGCCCCUCCAGGCCGCUGCUGCCCCUGUCCAGCACUCCCCCUUCAGGCUUGGCACACCCCUGCAUUCCUCAGUACCGAAUAAUGACCCCAGAAACAUUGAGUUUAGCCCCGAUGUUACUGAAUGCUUCAUGGGGAGAUGGAGGAGAGGGCCGCUUCACCCACUGCAGGUGCCUUUGGCAAAAUCAUAACUUGGCAACUUCGCCUCUCCCAAGUUCAUUUCCCUGGUUCACGGCUCAAACCUCCACUCCUCACCCCACAAGGCCUCUGAAAAUAAAAAUCCUUUCCACUGCUGAGUGAUUCAGCUCUGCCUUCGGCUUGAACAGGUUUCUCCCUCUGCAGAACAAGAGCUCGGCAGUUUAGCCACACAGCAGUCUCCCCCACAACUGUCCCCCAAUCCUUCAUCCACCCCAUCAGGCACAGGCGGGUCCCGAGUACGUACAAAAAGGUUCUGUUGCUAAAGCAAGUUGGACAAACACUCACCUAAGACUUGAGAUCCUUCUGGAGAGCGUGUCUGGUGGACACCGUCCCCGGAGCGGGCAGAGGCUUUCCGUGGAUUCUGGCUCACUUGCACUUGGAUCUUGCGGACGCUGCUCUUGUUCUGUGGAGUUGGGCCUCUUGGGCAGACAGCAGGCUAAGUUCAUCCAAGGGGUGGUGAGCAGCAGCACCUGCAUCCUUUCCCCAGCAGAAGUCUCUUGUCCCAGAGGCAGAAAACUAGGGACGUCGCAACAUCACUUCAAAGCAAACAAACACAACAAAACCAAACGCAGACGCAAAGAUGAUGACCGAUAAGAGAAGACACCGAGGGUGGGCCCUGAGGGAGUCUCCAGCUCUGUGCUCUUCUGGAAUUGGCCUUCUUUUCUCCAUGUUGCUGUUUCUGCCCGUGAUGCUGGGGCUCACAGAGAUGCCUCCUUCCUGGUCCUCAUCAGCAGCAGAGCUAUAGCUGACUGUGGCCUUCCUACAUCCUCCCCCCAGAUGCCCAGCUCCUGACCCCCAAAUCCUACUGGCUGUAGCAGAGAAUAUUUUUAAACCAAGAUUCUGUUUUAAUCAUCAUUUACAUUGCUUUCUUCCAUGAAGGCCACCCUCGUAUACCUUCCCUAACCCACGAACCUGUUAACAUUGUCUUAAGGUGAAAUGGCUGUAAAAUCAGUAUUUAACUAAUAAAUUUAUCUGUACUCCUC